GCGUACAAGUCGACAUUCUCACUUUUGGAGACUUCACAACACGCACACCCUCCUCCGGUAAUUCAGCAUCUCCUGCAGAACUAGGGCACCUCCCGCGCGCCUGUGUGCAUCUCUCAGGGUGGUUGGAAAACUCUCCGGUAGAUAGGGAUAAAAUAAAAACAAACACGGAAGGACCGCAUCCUCGCUGCGGGAGUCGAAGCGGCUCCAAGUGAGCGGAGGACAGCGCGCGCGCACGUCACGCGCUCGGACCUUGGACAGCGGCUGCUGAAGUCAUAUUGGAGUAAAGGAUGGAACUUGACGGCUAUUUCUGAUUCUUGCUUUCAGAGUUUCGCACCCUUGUACUCGAGUUCUAGCUUGUAAAUAUGCUCUGCAGCGGCAUGCACAAGGAUCUGCUAUGGAUGUAGGUUCGAGAGAAAGCAUCAGCAUCUUUGACCAAGCACAUCAGGACAGUGUCCAAGCGCACAAAUAUAAGAUUUGCCCUCGCAGUGCAAACGACAUAAAACUCAAUACAUUAGAUUUACAAGGAUUCCCCCCAAACGUAUAAUUAUAAACACCCUUUUUAUGCACAUAUUUUUCUAGAUUUUACUUUUUCUCUUGGAAUAAAUCAAAGCAUGACCGUGGUGAGGUUAUGGGAUGCUUUAACUUGACCACCGGUGCUGCUGUUCCAUGUUAAAGCGUCACCCCUCUGUACCCACGGUGGUCCCUCUCCUGUUUCUCUGGACCCACGGAAAUCCUCUCUCGGUCGCGCGACUGCCAUGCGUGCAUGCACCGGGCUCCUCUUCCUGCUUGUGCACCUACUGGCGCGAGCCCGAGGCCAGUAUGACCAGUGCAAGUCGCUCGUGAGCACAGACGAAGGCGCCAUGUGGGAGCAUUAUGCGUGCCAACCCAAAGCCCAGUUCAUGAAGGAGUACAUGCGCAUCCAGGUUGAGCCACCGGGCAUCACUUGUGGGAACCCGCCGGAGAGAUUCUGCACACUGGAGAAUCCAUACCUCUGCAGUGAUGAAUGUGAUGCAUCCAACCCUGACCUGGCACACCCGCCGCAGCUGAUGCAGGAUCGAGAGCGCAGUGGUCUGAUCACCUACUGGCAGACGGUCACGUGGCGGCGAUAUCCUGAACCUCUUCAAGCGAACAUCACCCUGACCUGGAACAAGACCCUUGAGCUCACCGACGAUAUUCAAAUCACCUUUGAGUACGGCCGACCCACUAUCAUGGUACUAGAAAAAUCGCUUAAUUUCGGCCGCACAUGGCAGGCCUACCAGUACUACGCAGACGACUGUGUGGACGCAUUUAACAUGCCGGCAAGACGUGUACGUGAUCUGAACGCGGCCAACGCCACGCGUGUGAUCUGCACAGAACACUAUUCACGCUGGGUCGGGUCUAAGAAUGAGAAGGUCGUGAGGUUCGAGGUGCGGUCACGUUUCGCCAUAUUUGCCGGCCCGAGACUGCUGAAUAUGGAAGGGUUGUACACACGGAUGGAGAGCAUGAAGGGUCUACGAGAUUUCUUCACGUUUACGAAUCUGAGGCUCCGCCUACUUAGACCCGCCCUCGGUGGAACGUACGUCCAGAGAGACAACCUGCUCAAAUACUUCUACGCCAUUUCGAAUGUAGAGGUACUAGCCAGGUGUCAGUGUAAUCUUCAUGCAUCUCAGUGCGUGUAUGUGGACGGCAACUUGCAGUGUCAGUGUGAACACAACACGACUGGACAGGACUGCCAGCGAUGCAAAAAAGGAUACAAAGCCAAGACCUGGAAAGCAGGAUCGUACUUACCCACACCGAACGGAUCCCCCAAUACAUGUUCUCAGGCCCUGGCUGGUUCUUCUUCUGGUUCCAUGACUGAUGCAUCUUCUGAAGAUUUCACUACAACAAUAACUGAUUCUCCAGCUUUGAACACAGAUGUCCCUCCACCAACCAUUGAAACACAAACCAUAGCUAAAACAGAGAUUACGACCCCUCCUACCACUACUGAAGCCCCACCCCCAAACACACCCCCUCCUAGUCCUCUCAGUGAGCUACCUAAACCACUUGCUCUCACUGAGGCCACGCCUCUCAAAGCCACAGCCCUGGAGGAGGGGCCUGUUCCUGAACUUCCAGAGAGCAAAGAAGCCUCAAAACCUGAGAAAAAGGACUCAGGUAAACCUGGGAAGCCAGUGAAAAAGACAGAUAUGAAAGCACCUCCAAAGACUAAUGCAAAGGAUCCUGGAAAAAAGGUUAAACCUCUAGUCAGAGGUGAACAAAAGGAAAAAAAGAAAGAAGCACAAAUAAAAGCAAAUGAGAAAAAAGCAUUCCCUACAGCACCUCCAGUGGAGGAUUUUGGGAAGGGUGAGGAGAUUUCUAAGAAGGAUGCGGAACCUUCUGGGAAAGACAAAGUAAUUGAUGAAGAAAUGAAGAGAGUGGAAAGUGUUCAGGAGAAUGAGGGAAACAGGGAGGAAAUUGCCACCAGUGAACAAGUGACACCAAUACUUGAACCUGUUGCAUCAAUGCCAGAGUCUUUCAAGCCAAUACCAAAGUCCAUUGAGUCAAUACCAGAGUCUGCUGAGUCAAUACCAGAGUCCAUUGAAUCAAUACCGGAGUCUGCUGAGUCAAUACCAGAGUCUGCUAAAUCAAUACCAGAGUCCGUUGAAUCAAUACCGGAGUCUGCUGAGUCAAUACCAGAGUCUGACGAGUCAAUACCGGAAUCUGUUGAGUCAAUACCCGAGUCUGGUAAGUCAAUACCGGAGUCUGGUGAGUCAAUACCGGAGUCUGGUGAGUCAAUACCAGAGUCUGGUGAGUCAAUACUAGAAUCUGUUGAGUCAAUACUGGAGUCUGCUGACUCAAUACCGGAGUAUGCAGAGUCAAUACCGGAGUCUGGCGAAUCAAUACAAGAAUCUGUUGAGUCAAUUCCUGAGUCUGGUAAGUCAAUACCAGAGUCUGCUGAGUCAAUACCGGAGUCUGGUGAGUCAGUACCAGAGUCUGGUGAGUCAAUACCAGAGUCUGGCCAGUCAAUACCAGAGUCUGCUGAGUCAAUAGCAGAGUCUGCUGAGUCAAUACCAGAGUCUGUUGAGCCAAUAACGGAAUAUGUUGAACCAAUACCAGAGUCUGCUGAGAUAAUACGGGAAUCUGUCCCGCCAAAACCGGCACCUAUCAAGCCAAUACGGGAGUCUGUCAAGCCAAUAUCAGAAUCUGUCACACCAAAAAUGGAAUCUGGCCCACUAGUACUGGAGUCUUUCUGGCCAGUAUCGGAGUCAGUCACACCAAAAGAAGAGCCAGUUUCACCUGUUGUCAAGCCAGAUGAAUCAGUACUAGAGCCUGAAAUCUCAGUAGCAAAACCUGUAAUGCCAAAACUAGAGAAACCCAAAAAAUCAGAGGAAGCAGAAAAAUCCUCACAGAAGGAAGGAAAUAAAGAAGAAAGGGAAAAUGAAGGGACUGAUAAACAGACAGAUGCUGAAGUGCCGCCCAAACCCUCUAAGGAAGAGGGUGAAAGAGGAGAUGAGGAAAAAGAGGAUUUUUUAGAAAAAGAGAGUAAAGGAGAGAAACCAUAUGAAAAAGAGCGUGAAGUAAAGACUUUUGAAGAGGAGUGGAAAAAGGAAGAUAAAAUAGAGGACAAAGAUGAAGAGAAUAAAAAAGCGCUUCAGAAGUUCUUAUUAUCUGGAGGGCUGCAGACAGUGCAACUAAAAGGAAUCAUAUAUGAUGACUUUAAAGAUUGUGAAUGUAAUGGACACUCUAACCGCUGCAGUUAUAUAGACUUCCUGAACAUCGUCACGUGUGUGAGCUGCAAACACAACACGCGUGGUCAAAACUGCGAGCAUUGUCGCAUGGGCUUCUACAAAAACACUUCUGCGGAGCCUGAUGACGAGAAUGUCUGUGUCGAGUGUAACUGUAAUACAAUAGGCUCAGUUCAUGACCGCUGUAACGGUACCGGGUUCUGUCAAUGUAAAGAUGGCGCCACUGGAGUCAAAUGUGAUGAGUGUCUCCCCGGUUACUAUUGGAAACAGGGCUGCUUCCCAAACGUGUGUGACGAGGAGUUACUAUUGUGCCAGAACGGGGGGACAUGCUUUCAAAAUCAGCGCUGUGUUUGCGCACCGGACUUUAAGGGUGUUUUGUGCCAACAGUCUCGCUGCGAUGGAGGUAAAAAGUGUAACCAUGCCAGCGCACUCACUUUGAGCCUGGCACUGCUGCUCUGCCCGCUCCUUGCCAUCCUGCUGGGCUCCGCCACCUCCUGAGAUACCCCUGCUUCAGCACCAGCGGCCACAGAGAGGGAAUGCCGCUCACCAUCGCCCUCAAAAGGACGCAGAUCGCCCAGCAGGAGAUCAAGAUCGAGAGCGAGACUAAAAGACUCUAGUAGGGCUACAAAUAAAAGGAACUCAAAGCACUCCUCGCAUAUACGCCAAGGAUGAAAGAUACCAAAAACACACACACAUACACACUACACACAAAUUAAAAUAAACCAACAAGAAGGGAUUUCUUCAUCAGUUGCUGUGAGAUUCAAUGCUCACCGCGCUUCCUUUGCUCUGAUUGGCUCGAUGGAAGGGCAUGUUCUCACAUGGAUGGACAGUCUGACCGUGGCGUCUAGAAGGUUCUGUCUUUACGGAAAGACGGGAAAGCUGCGGCUUCACAUUUCUACACUCUUCCGAUGCAUUUUUUAACAUUCAGAUGUAUGUAAUGAGCGCUCACUGUUAUUCCAAAAAAGCAAAGAUUAUGAAUAUGAUUGUGAUAUUUGUUAUCAUGAAUAUUAAGAUUUUAGGCACUGUACCGCUGGUUGUUAUAGGAAUGUUUGUUGCCACAGUUAGAGAGCAUUAAUAUUUACAAAGUAUUCAGGACACAAACAAAGUAUCCAACUCUUAUGAGAAGAUAUCUAAUCAAAUCUAAUUAUUGUAAACCCACACAUUAUUGGAUUAUUUUUGGUAGAGAAUAUUUUUGUUUGGAUCUACAUCUAUACAUAAGAGGCAAAAAGGUUUUAUUAUACUGUAAACUUUACAGCACACAAAUUAUAUAGUAUGAAUCUAUAACGUAGAGUUUACACUGUACACUUUACAGUCAGGUAUUACAAAGGAUGAAUUUAAGCACUAAAUGUACCAAGAGUGAAAAUAGAAUACAGAAUUUAUUGCAAAAGUGUAGGAUGGGGUUUAUUGCACUGUAAAACUUGCAGUUAAUGAAUUUACAAAAUUAAAAUAAAUGGAUGAAAUUUUACAUCACUGUAAACAUUGCAGUAAAUGUGACUGUUAC